AUGGCCAGCCCCUACCGCCCAUACACCCCCACCAAACGAACCAACACCAACAACACGCCCUUCCGCUCGGGAUUCCAGCCGAAGGGCGUCUACCGCGACCGCACAGACCAGCUCGUCGCCGCACGGAGAACCCGCCAGGAGGCGAAGAGACUCGAGGAGAAACUGCUGGCCAUCAGCUCCGACCUGCUGGCGGCCCGGCCAGGCUCGCUCCGCGCCCACGAGCAGGCCAUCGUCCGGUGGCAGGACGACACCUCGGCGGGCGACUGCACGCUCUGCCACACGCCCUUCGGCCUCCGGAUCCGCAAGCACCACUGCAGACUCUGUGGCCAGCUGGUCUGCUUCAAGCCCCACUCCGCCGGCCCCCGCAGAUGCUCCUCGUUGAUCCGCGUCGACUGGGACCCGCUCCUGCACCGCAACACUCUCCGCACCCCCUCCCUUUCGCACUCCAUCCCAGUCAUCCAGCUUGUCCGACACUCCCCCGACCCAAAGUGGGUGUCUGCAAGGGAGGGAAACUUGUCUGAAGAGAUGCUCGGAUUCCCAGACCUUUCUGCAUCAAUGGCUGGCCACCGGAGUGCGCUGAGUGCGCUCCGCAUUGAGGCCCCAGGCCAUCUCCCAACGCCUUCGCAGCGGGCGGCACCCCACUCCUCCGGUUUGGUAUCCAUGGAAUAG